AUGCUCACUGGAGCUGACACGAUUGCCAAACUGACAGUGAUUCGCGAUGAGGUCAUUCAAUUACUGAUGUUAGGAACACUUGAGUUAAGCAAAUGGGCGUCGAAUUGUCCUGAGCUACUAAAUUUGGAUGAUCGCAAACGCGAACCAGUCACUAUUAGCGACAAUGCUACCCAUUCGCGUAUUCUAGGAAUGCAAUGGAAUCGCUGUCUCGAUACAUUCCAGUUCCCUUGUGAAUCCGAGUCCAAAACUCACCAAGUCGUGUCAAAGCGAAUAAUAUUAUCCGAAAUUGCUACACUCUUCGAUCCUUUAGGCCUGCUGGGACCAAUGUUUGUCACGGCAAAGCUCAUUUUGCAGGAUCUUUGGCAGCUUUUCAUUCAAUGCGAUGAGUCUGUUCCGCUGGACAUCCACACACGCUGGGUUACCUUUAAGGAGCAGAUGGCUGCCGUGGGCGAAAUGAACAUUCCCAGAUGCGUCAAACCUAAAGCUGGCCUAUCGAAUUUGCAAUUGCACGGGUUUUGCGACGCGAGUCAGCGCGCCUACGGCGCUUGCGUAUAUGUUCGCACUCAGCUUAGGGCCGACCAUUAUCAUUCAGAAUUGCUGUGUUCGAAGUCACGUGUCGCGCCCCUCAAGGUAAUCUCGUUGCCGCGACUGGAGCUAUCGGCCGCUUUGCUACUGGCGCGCCUAGUUCACAGGAGUAGGGGAAAUCCAACGCUUAAUCGAGAAUAUUGGUGUUACGUCGCGUCCCCCGAUAAUCCUGCUGACAUUCUGUCACGGGGUUCAAGUCCGCGCGAUUUGAUCGACUCCGAGAGGUGGUGGAAUGGACCCGAAUUCCUAAAGUGGAGCCAGGAGCGUUGGCCGGCCGGCAGCUUCGCGCGAUUGGAGGACGAUUUGCCUGAGAGGGUGGGGAUUCGUGUGACCGCCUCUGUUACCAAUACAAGUCAAUGCGCCGUCAGCAGUCUGCUAAACAAACAUUCUAGUUUAAGUAAAAUAUGUCGUAUCGUAGCAUAUUGUCUAAGACUAUCCAAGACGCAUCGCGCGGAUGCAACGUCCAAUUUUGUAUCCCCUACUGAAAUGUCCGUUGCGUUAAAUUGCGUUUGCAGGGUCGUCCAGCGGCAAGCAUUUCACAGUGAAUACCAGGCGCUAAGUAAGGGCGGCGUUAUAAAUAUCACAAGUAAUUUAUUAUCCCUAUCUCCAUUUCUAGACGAGAAUGGAUUGAUGCGGGUGGGCGGACGGCUAAAAAACUCGGAUUUAACAUUUGAAGCAUGUCAUCCCAUCCUAUUACCUCGCAAGCAUAUUCUAACCCAGCGUAUCAUAGAGCAUGAGCACGUGCGAAACUUGCAUGCUGGCAUGCAAGCCACAAUGGCUUUCGUGCGCCAACGAUUUUGGCCGCUAUCGUUGCGAUCCAAUACGCGCGGAAUAAUUAAAAAAUGCGUAGCGUGUUUUAGGGCCAAGCCUGGUCAAUCGGAAGCUCUAAUGAGCUCGCUCCCUGCCGCCCGAGUCAGCGCCUCCAGGGCCUUUUCUCAUUGCGGUGUGGAUUAUGCAGGGCCUUUCUUGCUGCGCGAAGGAAAGCAAUUCAAGAACCCACAAGGCGUACCUCUCAAUUUUCGUGUGCUUCGCCACGAAGGCGGUACAUUUGGAAUUGAAUUGUACGAUGUAUACAAUGGUCAACAGAUCCAGGCCGAGAUCAAACACUUUUUACGGGAGCUAGAAAUUUCAUGGAGUUUCAUCCCACCGAACGCGCCCCAUUUUGGGGGAUUAUGGGAGGCGGCUGUAAAAUCCGCCAAGCAUCAUAUGACUCGAAUCGUAGGCAAGGCCCUGUUGACCUUUGAAGAAAUGCAAACUAUAUUCUGCGAAAUAGAGGCGAUUCUUAACUCACGCCCUCUCGCGCCGCUAAGUUCCGACCCCAACGAUCUUGCGUAUCUAAGCCCGGGACACUUUUUGGUUGGCACGGCGUUAAAUGGUCUUCCUGGCUCGGAUUUGAGCAACAUUAAUGAAAAUAAAUUAUUGCGGUGGCAACGUUUAGAACAAACCCGACAGCACUUCUGGCGCCGAUGGAGUAAUGAGUACCUCAAUUCUUUGCAGGCGCGAACCAAAUGGAUGAUUAACAAGGGGACUCAACUGUCGAUCGAUCAACUCGUUCUCAUAAAACAACAAAAUUUGCCUCCUCUUCAAUGGGUACUGGGCCGGGUCCAGGAAAUUCAUCCUGGCCCCGAUGGCAUUGCACGCGCCGCGACUGUAAAAACUGUCAAGGGUUCCUACACGAGGCCACUCGCUAAAUUAGCGAUAUUGCCUAUCGAAGGCUAG